CUGUGAAUGGUGCAGUGAGUGAAGUUCCUGGGGAGGAAGUGAGAGCGCGAGAGGCGCCGCCCGCGAGCCUAGAGGAAGUGAGUGCGCGCGAGUGAGUUAGCCAGCCAGCCCGAGCCGGCAGCACCGAGUCCGACACACACACUCACACACUCACUCAGUCAGACAGAACCUGGAAAGAUGCCUCGAGUCGUUUCCGAUCAGAGGAGCAAGUUCGAGAACGAGGAGUUCUUCCGCAAACUUAGCCGGGAAUGCGAGAUUAAAUACACAGGUUUCCGUGACCGGCCGCACGAUGAGAGACAGAUGCGAUUUCAGAACGCCUGUAGGGACGGCAGGUCUGAGAUUGCUUUUGUGGCCUCUGGAACCAAUCUAUCUCUGCAGUUUUUUCCGGCAAAUUGGCAUGGAGAACAGCGACAAACACCCACACGGGAGUAUGUGGACUUUGAGCGUGAUGUAGGCAAGGUGUGCCUGAAGGCUCCCAUGAUUCUUAAUGGAGUUUGUGUGAUCUGGAAGGGUUGGAUCGACCUCCAGCGACUUGAUGGCAUGGGAUGUCUGGAGUUUGAUGAAGAUCGUGCACAGCAGGAGGAUGCCUUGGCACGGCAGGCAUUUGAGGAUGCCCAACGGAGAGCCAGGGACUUUGAGGAGAGGGAAAGAUCCCAUCGAGACGACAUGGAGGUGAGAGUUCCAGCUUUCAUAGGCUUCAACCUUAUGCAGCUGGCUUCCUGCCCAAAAGACCUCCAGCCUGUCAAUCGUACUGCCUAUGGGCAGAAACCCAACAGAAAAAAAUUAAAGGAGUCCUGUAAUAAAACUCUCAUACAAGAAACAGGCUAAAAUCCAGUCCAGUAUCACUAAAGCAACGCAGGCAGGACCCCAGUCCCGGCUCCAACCUGGGGAGCGGAGAUGAGCUCAAGCUACGUUAAAUGUGCUCGGAGCAGCCUUGCCGUGGGUCAGUGUGUGGGAAUCAAGCAGCUUUUCAGUGAGACCCAAGUCUUUAAGGAAGUGGAGAUGCUUUAGCACGGAACAAGAAAUAUUUGUCCUGUCCCCACAGCCCAAGGCCUUUGGAUGCUCCAUUCAGCACAGACUGCCAGGGAUUGCACUAUGUUCAUGUUACAGUAUCUGCAUUUCUUGUUGUAUGCAUGUAGCCAGUAGCAAUCUGUGUGUGACUGUUUUCUAUGCAAGCUGUAUUUUUUAUUCUGUCUUUGGUGAAUUUUUACAUAGCCUUUUUAUGUUUUGUUUGUUUCCACUUUUCACCAUUGGUGGUUUAACCAAAAAAUGCAGGAAAAAAAUAUCACAAUUAGGUCAAAAUAUGUUGCAGUUAAAUUAAUUUUUUUUUUAAAGUGGCAGGAAACCCAGAGAUUCUAUUUUCUUCUUUUUGUAACAACCUCUACCAGCCCUGAAUUUAAGGGCCUUAAUUCUACAUCUGUUUGCUUUUGCUUUUCUUGAGCACAGAGGAAAUGCAUUUGUUUGCUUACUAGCAAUUUUUAGCUUUGAUUUUUGUAUCCUGUUAAGAGAUAGCCACAUGAGGAAGCAAUUCAUAUUACUGGAGCCACAUGAAGAAGCAAUUCAUAUUACUGGAGCAAAAUUUCAAGAAUCUAAAAUAAAAGCAAGUGAAGAUUAAGUGGUCAGCAGAAGUUCGGGGAGGAGAUGUCCAACACGAAAAACAUUCAGUUUGGCUUGCCCCUUCCAUUUUCCAAAUUAAGCUUCAGACAUAAAACAGUAAAACUUACCUAAAAUUGAUUUUAACCUUUUCUAAAAUAAACCAGUUGAUGUGCAGUAUAUUUUAAAAUCCAACAUCAAUAACUUAAUUGUUUUUAUUUUCAGCAACUAGCACACUUUUUGUGUUCUAAGUAAAAUAUUUAACCCUAAAGUUAGGGUGCAGUUUGGGCUGACAGAAUGUGCAUUGCUUGCAGUUUAAAUACAUCAUGUGCUGGACACGUGAAGAGUGACCAAAUGAAUUCUGACAGUGCCCUGGACCCCGACAGGUGUACAAUGUGUUCGGAAUGGAUGUUAGUGGCCUUGGUGGCUAUUUCUUGUUCUGCAUUGCAUAAAAUAUCUUCAUGCUGGCAUUAAGAUUGGAAUGUCUGCUUUCUGCUAUUUAGUGCAAAGAAUUCAAAACAUUUACUGGUUUUAAGUUAUUGAUGCGAUUUAAUACGUUUUUUUCCAAUCUCUAUUUAAGUAGAAGGAAUUGCAUCUUUUUUUACAUAGUACAUCUCCCUCAGGAGUUGCUUUGAUUUAUCAGAAUAGCUUUUGCUACCUUUUGUUGAAUCUAAAGCAUUUUCUUUUAAAUUACUUUCAUAAUAAACUUCUGUAAAGUCAAA